CACCUGUUCGGGCGGUCCCCAAAAGUGACAAACCUCAGUGACAUAUCGCUGAUCCGUUCGAAUUUAUUGUUCGUCGGUACACAUUUUAUUAUUUUGAACUCUCUUAUCUUGCUCGUUUUAGGUGAUUGGAUUGCGAUUGUAGUACAUUUGGUCAAACACUUCAACGGGGCAGACCAAGCGCCAAAUAAUACCGUUGUCCGGGAGAAUGGAACAGAUGGCACCAAAGCAGACGAUGUACUUGAGUAUUUGAACCUGAAAGGCUUGCCUCAUUAUCUCAGUUUGGCAAUCACCGGUUCGUUCAUAAUCUAUUUCGGAGUCGGUGGGUUCAUUCACUGGUACUACUAUGUCAAUAAACGUGACCGACCUCAUGAAUGGAAAUGCCAACCAGAGAAAUUUUUAUCGCCUGAGCUUGAACUGCAUGAAAUUUUUGUGGGAGGGUUUUCGAUGCUGAUAAUGAGCUGUCUUAGCGGAAUUCUGUCAUGCUAUGCUAUGAACAAUGGAAGGCUGCUCACCUUAUAUUAUCGAUGGGAUGAGUAUGGCUGGUGGUGGUUCUUCGCUCAGAUAGUUGUGAUAUUUUUGUAUCAGGACUACCUGACUUACUGGUUGCAUCGCAUUUACCAUUGGCCAUUUCUUUACAAGCACUUCCAUAAACUACAUCAUACUUACAAACAACCAACUGCUUUCUCAGUGACUGCGAUCCAUCCUGUUGAGAUCUUACACGUGCAGUUGACAAUGUUGCUGCCUAUCUUCACCAUUCCAACACAUUGGGCGGCAUUCUACUUCGUUGAAAUUUAUACAUACGCACAUGGUAUUCUGAACCACAGUGGAGUGAACAUCAAAUCCUUUUGGUGGCAGCCUUGGCAACCGGAUACAAUGUUUCACGACAAUCACCAUCAGUAUUUUCACGUUAACUUUGGCUUCAACAUUGGCCUCUGGGAUGUCAUACACGGCACCUAUCGCAGAAAAGAUCGUGUCUAUUCCGAGGAAAUUUAUGGAGGAAAAGGUAAGGAUUUUAAGGAAGCUAGCCAGUUGGAGCUUGAGAAGGACAUCGCCGAACGGAAACUGGAAAAUCCUAAUGCAUACCGGAAUAAUGUGCACCAGUACGAUUUGGACGAAAGGGAAAUUACAGAUCUGAUAAGGCAAAAUAAAAAACAAAAAUCUAAUUGAAUAAAGAAAUAAAUAAAAGUUAGA